CGGCAGGCAGAGAUCAAUCUAUAAUCAAGGGUUCCGAUUUCGAAUCUAUUAAAAAAUCAUUCAACCUCCGAUUUACGUUUCACAAUACAAUUCACAAACCCUAGGAAAAAGGAAGAUGCAUCCUAAAUCAUUCCAAGUCCUAGUCCAAUCGCCGGACCAACAAGUUUAUCCUAAAUCUGUUACCGGCGAUCAAACCCUUUCCGACCUAAAAUUCUCUCUCUUCCCCAAUUCACAACACCUCCUUCCAUCAUCCUUCUACUUCACUCUCAAUGGCAAACCUCUCCCCGAUAACACCGUUUUCUCCACCUCCCGUAUCGCACCUCUUUCAACUCUCGUCCUUCAAUCACGCCUCCGCGGCGGCGGUGGAGAUGGCGGCGCGACGGGAGCCGAGUCACGCGAUUGCUACCUUAAAAUGUACGCGGAAAAGAAACCAGACAAGGUGGAUCCAAACGAACAGAGGCUUUCGAAGUGGCAGAACUGUGCGCUAUCGAAUGAACCGUUGCGUGAACCAUGUGUGAUCGAUAAGCUUGGGAAUAUCUUCAAUAAGGUAUCUUUGGUGGAGGCUUUGUUGGGGAAGAAACUUCCGAAGGAAUUUGGGUAUAUCAAGGGUUUGAAAGACAUGAUUACGGUUAAGCUUUCUUCGAUUAACGGCGAAGAUGAUGGGGCUAAGUUUCAAUGCCCUAUUGCAGGGCUUGAAUUCAAUGGGAAGUAUAAAUUUUUCGCUUUGAGGAAUUGUGGUCAUGUUUUGAGUGCUAAGGCUUUGAAGGAGGUUAAGUCUUCGGCUUGUUUGGUUUGCCAUGAAGAAUUUGAUGAGGUUGAUAAGAUUGUGAUCAAUGGUAAUGAAGAAGAGGUGGCGGUUUUGAGGGAGAAGAUGGAGGAGGAGAAAGCUAAGGUUAGGGAGAAGAAAACCAAGAAGGUGAAGAAUAGUGAGGCUGUGAAUGGUUUGGGUUUGGAAGUGUCAAAGUUGAGUGGAACUAAGCAUGGUAUUAUGGGUGUGGAGAAGGCUUCUGCUAAAGUUGAUCGAAAUGGGAAAGUUGCUAAUGGUAACAAGAGUGUUAAUGGCGGUGCUGCUGCUGCUAAGCGUUUCAAGGCAACUGAUAUUGCCCCGGCCAAUGCUACUGAGGUUUAUGCCUCUAUUUUCACUUCUUCUAGGAAGUCUGAUUUUAAAGAAACAUAUUCUUGCAGAUCUCUGCCUCUUGGUAGAAACUAAUUGUGUUAUAUUGUAUACAAGUUUGAAUUUUCUACUGUUUUAUUCUUUCUGAAUGUACUCGACUUUAGCUUGUUAUUAUAGCUUUUUCCUGUAACAAUGUAGUUGCUGGCUUCAUACCCGGCUGAUUAUAUCAUAUCAUUAAUCUAUCUUGCUUUUGAAGGGGUUUUGUGAAUAACUUAUUAGUCAUUUUAAUGUUACUCUCUUUGAAAAUUGACUCUAUAAAA